UGAAUCUCUCGUGAAGCCACAAGGACUUCUUGAAGACAAGCAUGCUAGUUUUCAACAAUUCCUAUGUGGCCCCAGACUCUUUCAUCUUGAAUGGCAUUCCUGGUCUGGAAGCUGCACAUAUAUGGAUCUCUCUCCCUCUCUGUGUCAUGUAUGCCAUCUCUCUGGUGGGUAACCUUGGUCUUGUGUAUCUCAUCCAGUAUGAAGAGUCACUUCACAGGCCAAUGUACUUCUUCUUGGCAAUGCUCUCACUCACGGACCUCCUCACCUGUACCACUACCCUCCCCAAUGCACUGAGUAUCUUCUGGUUUAAUUUAAAGGAGAUCAAGUUUGAUGCCUGCCUAGUCCAAAUGUUUUUUGUUCAUGGGUUCACAGGGGUGGAAUCUGGGGUACUCAUGCUCAUGGCACUGGACCGCUAUGUGGCUAUCUGCUACCCCCUGCGCUAUGCCACUAUCCUCACCAACCCCAUCAUCGCUAAGGCUGGGCUUGCUACCUUCCUGCGGGGGAUGAUACUGAUGAUACCUUUCCCCUUCUUGGUCAAACGUCUUCCCUUUUGCCAAAGCAAUAUCAUUUCCCACACCUACUGUGACCAUAUGUCGGUGGUGAAGUUAUCCUGUGCCAGCAUCAAGGUGAAUGUUAUUUAUGGUCUAAUGGUUGCCCUCUUAAUUGGUGUGUUUGAUAUAUGUUGUAUCUCUGUGUCCUAUACCAUGAUCCUCCGGGCUGUGGUGAGCCUGGCAUCUACAGAUGCAAGGCAGAAAGCCUUCAGUACCUGUACAGCCCAUAUUUGUGCCAUCAUCAUUACAUAUGUUCCAGCCUUUUUCACCUUCUUCACCCACCGUUUUGGGGGCCAUACUAUUCCUCCAUCUCUCCACAUAAUUGUGGCUAAUCUCUAUUUGCUCUUACCCCCAACCUUGAACCCCAUUGUUUAUGGGGUGAAGACCAAACAGAUCCGAGAAAGCGUCAUCAGGUUCUUCCAUUGUGAGGAGAGGUGAGCAGAAAUAUUUUGAAAGCUAUAGAAAAUGAAUUUACCAUAGAAUAUGAAAAUAGAGACUCAUACUUUGCUAAAAUUUAGCUCUAUGAGUUUUCUGGCGUGUUUCAUGUGUUUCAUUUUCCCAAACUGGACCUACCAUUUGAAAUUCUCAACCAUGCCUCCUCCAGCCCUUUGUUCCUAUGUCCUGCCACAUUGUUCAUAUAUAUCACCUGUAGUCCUCUGUAUCCAGUUUUGUUAGAUAAAAACAAAAUGAAACAAUAACAUGUAGCAUGCCAUCAUCCUUAGGCUAUUGACAAAGAAGGGAAAAAUAUCUAUUUACUCCAUCUCUCUCUUAAGUUCAGAUGAAAUAUAUUUUUAAAUACAAGAGACACCGAGAGAGAGAGAGAGAGAGAGAGAGAGAGAGAGAGAGAGAGAGAGAGAGAGAGAGAGAGACAGACAGAGAGAGAGAGACAGAGAGAGAGAGACAGAGAGAGAGAGACAGAGACAGAGAGAGAGACAGAGAGACAGAGAGAGAGACAGAGAGAGGGAGAGAGAG